CCAUCACUUCCCAGCUUCACCGUCAGGCCUUGCGAUCUUUGCAAGAAUUGGCGCUUCCUUUGGGCGCAUUCAAUUGGACAAAAAUGGUGCGCAAGGCGAUGCAGCCAUCCUCCAGAUCGCCUCAUGCACUACCGGACUGGUCCGAAGCACACUCUACCGCAGGUGUCGUCGCGCUGGCCCAUUCCUCCAAAGCUCGUGGCUUGCUCAACGUUGCGAAUCUGCCAGCUCUGCAGAAUCUGGUGAAGCGCAGUCCGACGGCAUAUGCGGACGAGUUCGGAGCGCAAUGGAAUCACUAUCAGAGCAUGAGGAUGUUGUAUGCGGCGAAUCUGGGCGAGGGCGGGGCGAUGAGCGGGGCGAAGAUCGGCAAAGAACAGGAAGACACCUUUUGCGCUCUCAUUGGUUUCAUCACUCAGCUUGCCCCGUCCUUUCCUGAGGUGACAAGAAACUUCCCAAGCGACCUAUCGGAGCUCUUGUUGAACCACCAUUCCAAGCUUGGUGCUGACGUGCGGCAUUCCGCCGUUCGCGCUCUGGUACUGCUACGUAAUAGGGACGUCAUCACUUCGGAGCAUCUGCUACGUACUCUCUUCCCUCUUCUCUCACAGACAACGUCUGCAACUUUCAGGUCGUUACUGCAAACAACCAUCUUGGCAGAUAUCAAAGCGCAAAACAAAAAGGCCAUCAACCACCGACACAACAGAGUUGUCCAGGGUCUGCUAUUCUCGGUCAUCGAGCGUGGCAUCCCCGCACGGGACGCUCCAAGCGAAGUGUGGCGGAAGGGGGCCGAGGCCAAAGGCAGGAGUGAGGCGCUCUGGGCCACGCGCCUUGCUGCAGAUUUGUGGAGGAAAGGAAUCUGGACCGAUGCAAAGACAGUCUCUCUGCUCGCAUUGGCAUGCUUCCAUCCGCAUCCAAAGGUGCAAUCCUCCGCUGUGCGCUUCUUCUUAGGUGACUUGCACUCCGCAGAAGACGGUGGCAGCGAGGAAGAGUCCGACGAUGAACCGAACGUCCCUGAUGUCUCGAAGAUGCAGCAUGCACGCAAAGUAAACAAGAAGACGAGAUCAGGAGACAAAAAGGUUCGAGCUGCUGCUGCUCUUGCGAGACGGAGGAGAAAAGAGCACCAAGAUGGCAGAGACGAGAAAGCUGAAGGGGAUGGUCGUGCAAACCUUGCUGCUGUGCACAUGCUCAAUGACCCGCAAGGCUUUGGAGAGAAGCUUUUCGAAUCUUUGAGCAGAGGCGACAAGAGAAUCAACAUCGAACUCAAAGUUCGAAUGAUGCAAUUACUUGCCAGAGUGAUGGGAGCUCAUCGACUCUCGGUGCUGCCCUUCUACAGCUACAUUGUCAAAUACUUGAAUCCUCAUCAGCUUUACAUCACCUUGAUUCUCGUCUCACUCGCCCAGUCUGUGCAUUUGCAGACUCCACCGGAUGCGCUAACGCCUGUCCUGCGCAAACUUGCCGACGGCUUUGUCCAUCCUGGCGUUGGCCCAGAAGUGGUGGCGGCGGGCAUCAAUGCCAUUAGAGAAACGUGCCGAAGACAGCCCGAGGCGAUUGAGAGCGACUUGCUGCAGGAUCUCAUAGGGUACAAGAAGAGCAAAGACAAGGGUGUAUCAGCCGCUAGUCGAGGCCUGCUUCUUUUCUACCGAGAAGUCAAUCCUGCACUUCUACCCAGGUCCGAAAGGGGAAAGAGCGGCGCUUUGAGCCUGGCUAGUGGCAAGCAAGCGCGCAUGUUUGGAGAGGAGGAUGCUACAACUCGAGGUAUCCCUGGCAUCGAGCUGCUAGAGCAGCAUCUCGCCGAACAGGAAGCCGCUGCCGUUCCACUAACCGAGGCUGAAUUAGAAGAAGCCGACAAGAAAGCUUGGGAGGGCUGGGAAGCUGAAAGUGAUUCCGACUCUGAUGACUCGGGAGGAUGGAUCGCGGUCAGCUCGGAUGAGGACGGCGAGGGCGCAUUCGACGUUAGUGGGUCCGAAGAUGAGAGCGAUAAGACCAAGGGAGGUGCUGCGGAGGAAAGUAAGAGCAUCAAGGAGCGCCUUGCUGAGAGAAGAGAAAAGACCAGAGCAGCAAGAAGAAAGCUAGCAGACAAGUCUGAACACUUGGGCACUGACUCUGAUGCGGAAGAAGGUGACGACCAGGAUGAUGUCGAGGUGGCGCCCAGAGAGAGUGCGGCCGAGCAAGCAGAGCAAUUUUCCAAGCUGGCGACGACAAGGAUCUUGACUCCCGCCGAUUUCGCCAAGUUGGCAGAGCUGCGGCUCAAAGCUGCAGAAGAAGCGGCAGCUUCGGGCAAGAAGGGUUCCGCAGCAGCAAAGCGGGAGAUUGCGGAGCUCAAAGCGGCGUCCAAGCGCACUGCGACGCAAGCGAGCAGCGCUGGCAGUGCCGUAGACACGACCAACACGAUGUUGUCGGAGAUGGACAUCUUGGGGCCUCGAAAGAAGAGAAAGGCGGAUUAUGAGGAGAGGAUGGCUUCCAUCGCAGAGGGCAGAGAGGGAAGGGAAAAGUUCGGAAGCAAGAAGGGCAAAAAGACCAAACAUAGCUCAACGACGAAUGAGCAAAAGGCUAAGAAGGGGAAGAACUUCAACAUGAUUGCCAAGAGCUUCAGUGUCAGAAAUAAGGCAAAGACUAGUCUGAGGGAGAAGAGCAAGAAGCUGAAACAGCACGUGGAAACGCAGAAGAAGCGAAAAGGCAUGAAGUGAUGCUGCGUGCCUCUUGAACGUAUCAAGGCUAGCUUUAAGCAAGGCGUCCGAAAUGUCUCCUCUCUGCCUCCUCUCUGCCUCUCUCUGCCUCUCUCUGCCUCUUCGAGAACAAGCAACCUUGAGCUUAACGGAAGAGUCUGCGCCCGUCUUUGCUCGAGCAGACGAGGUAGAGCGCGCGACAGGCCGCUCAGACCGGGCGACGAGAAUACCAUGCAACCAGCAGCUUCAUACAUGCUGCAUGCACAUAUAAGCGUAGCUGCGCCCAAAUUUGCCAAUGGAUCAAUGAGUGUCGGUCUGGCGCACACCACGCGCACAUAUCCAAUUCAGCUAUAACGGCCCAGGUACGUCUUCUUGUCUUGCGUAAACAUGCUGUAUACCGUAGGCAAUUUGAGCGCCCGCACGCGUUCUGCUCAUUCGUGAUUCCGCACUCACGACUUACGUGGGAGUCCAUGCAAGGCCACACAGCUGAUCAAUUGAUAGCACACGUAUAUAGCAC